AGGUUCCGUGCGGGGCUCGGUGCGGGGUUCGGUUCGGGGCUCGGAGCAGGACUGGCCGGCUCGGUUGCUCCCGGCGGCUGCACGCCCUGCUGGUGAAACCUGUUGUUUUGGAAGCUGCACAGUGGAGCAACCUCUGCCCCGGCUGAUACGACAAGAAAUCACCUCCUGGCCGGGACCCAAGCAAAACACGGGAUUAACUUUGCCCUGUGCUGGCUCGCUGGGAGGCGGGGAGAGGGUGAGAGCGGCUCCGGCAGCGGCAGAGAGGAUCCUGCGAGGAUGGGGGCCCGGCUGCUGUGCCUGUGCCUCCUCACCGCCCUCCUGGGCUACUACAUCUACAGCCCGCUGCCCCCGGAGCUGGCCCAGCCCGGCACCGUGAUGCUCGCCUCGGCUGCCCUCAGGGCCCUGGGGCACCUGUCGGAGGUGGCGGAGCUGCUGGGGCUGAUGCACUACAUGGAGGGCCUGAGGCUGAUCACGACUGUGGAGCUGGUGGCUCCCACGUCCGAUGAGAAUGUCACCGUGACAGACACGGAGCUCGGCGGGGUCCCCGUGCGCCUGUACCUGCCCAAGAGGCCGCCUGGAGGGCUCAGGAGGGCCGUGCUCUUCUUCCACGGCGGCGGCUGGUGCCUGGGAGACGCAGGCAUGCACGGCUACGAUCUCAUGUCACGGCGGAUUUCAAAUGAGCUGAACGCUGUCGUGGUGUCAGUCAACUACAGGUUGGCCCCUCUGCACCGUUUCCCUGCCCAGUUUGAGGACGUGUACGUGGUGACCAAGUUCUUCCUGCAGAGCAAAGUGCUGUCCCAGUACGGGGUGGACCCUGCGCGGGUCUGCGUGGCCGGGGACAGCGCCGGGGGCAACCUGGCUGCAGCCGUGGCACAGCAGCUGUCGGAGGACCCUGAAGUCAAAACCAAGCUCAGAGCCCAGGUUCUGAUCUACCCAGCCCUGCAGGCGCUGGACCUGGACCUGCCGUCGUACCGGGACAACGCGCACAAGCCGCUGCUGCCGCGCUCGCUGAUGGUGCGCUUCUGGAGCGAGUACCUGAGCCCCGAGCCCGCCCUGCGCGCGGCCAUGGCCGCCAACCGCCACGCGCCGCCCGAGGCGGGCCGCCUGCUGCCGCUGGUCAACUGGAGCCGCUGGCUGCCCGCCGCCAUGCGGGGCGCGCGCACGCCUACGAGGGCCCGGCCCUGCGCGCGCUGGCGCGGCGCUGGCGGCGCUCCGGCGCUGCUGGACCGCGUGCGUGCCGCUGCUGGCGCAGCAGGCGCGCUGCGCUGCCGCCCGCGCCGUUCCGUGCUCACCUGCGAGCACGACGUGCUGCGCGACGACGGCGCCAUGUACGCAGCGCCCCGGCUGCGCGCCGCCGGCGUGCCCGUCACGCACCACCACGCCGGCGACGCCUUCCACGGCGCCAUGACCUUCCUGGCCUGGCCGCUGGAGCUGGCCGUGGGCCACCGGCUCUUCAACACCUGCGUGGAGUGGCUGAAGGAGAACCUGUGAGCCCGAGUCAGCCCCUCGCGUGCCCAGGUGCGACUGGAGCUGGCCUGGAUUUCGGCCGUGAUCGCCGUCCCCCUUGCGAUCCCCGCGGUGCUGGGGCUGGAGCGUUUCCCACCUUGUCCGGCAGGAAAUCACUCUGAUCCCGACCCAGCGUUCCUCCAGUGCUGCCAUCCGAACCUCAAACCCCCAGAGUGCCGGGACUGCCCCGGGCUCCUCCUCUGGCCCUCCGGGCUCUGGGGUCUGGUCUUGUUGCUGCUUCUCUCUUCCUAUCGCAUCUUCCGCGCGGGGUGCGUGUCCGAGGGCCGGGUGGCUGUGGGCACACGGGACGUGCUCCUGGCUGUUUCCUCCUGUCCCUUUGGCUCCGUGGGAUGUGGCAGCAGGGCCCCACUGCUGCCAGGGCGGAUGGGGCGAAGGGAAACCCCGGGAGCUGCAGGGACCGGGGCUGGGGCUGCUGCUCCUGCCCUGCACAGCUUGAGGGAAGCGCUUGGAAACCCAGUGGGAUGGCUAAAAAAUCAUGCAGGUGUUUGGGGCUUUGCUUGUUUGUUUCUUUUGGGGGGUUUGCUUAUUUGGGGUUUUUGUUGUGUUGGUUUGUUUUUUUUUUUAAAGCACGUAUCUUACUCCUACUUCCUUUCUGUAAUCCUUGCACUAGCAGGAAUUAGUGAAUCAAACCAGCACUGGAUAUUCACUGGAAAAAGGAAGCUGUGAAGGUCCCAGACUUAGGAUAACACUGCUGCAUGGUCUGUGCUCUACUUAUCUGUUAAGUCAUGUACUAGGUGUUCUAAUUGUCCUUGAAAUUUUUUAUCAGAUUUCACAUAUGAUUUCUUAAAAGCAGAAUUAGCUUAGAAAUUUUAUCGGCUUAGAAAAGAAAUAUAGAUCAGCUGGCUGUGUGGAACAAAUAACCUCUGUGUAAAUGUUUCGUGUGUUAAAUAUAAACCCUAAAAUUUUGACUGAAGCAUGAAUACAAGGGUUGGCUGUUGGUUUAAGUAAAUCAACCACUGGGCAGGUACUUCAUGUAUCCUGCUUUUCUUUUGCAUAAAAGGUACAGAAUCUUCAAUAAUUCUGGGUUACCUUCCUGAGUGUGUGCGGCCUGUUCAGAUGGCAUGUGUACGGGAUGAUUGCUGCUUUGCAUCUUCAUUCAGAUAGAAACAUUAAACUCGUUUUUGAUUCCAGUGCAGUGCUCUGUCCCUCGGGUGUGCCAUGCAUGGGGAGCAGUGGCAGCUCUGCCCUCGCUCCUGCUGGGGACGGGGAGCUGCUGGGCUGGGCUGUGCACGAGGGAAGCAGCAGUGCUCGGCUAGGUCUCUCCUUGUCCCUUUGCACACCCUCUGGGUGCACACCUGUGCUGGUGUGCUCAGUCCCAGAGGGUUUGGGAGUUACUCCUUGGGUCUCCCUGCAGCACUGCCUGCACAGCCCAGUGCUCACCGCAGCCUGAGACAGCUCCAGUGCCGUUUUAUUCCUCCCACAUCUGGGAUUAAUUAACAGCCUCUUAGUGUUCCUGAGGCAGUUGGGCUUGCGAGUUUUGCUCAUUAACACCUUUGGUCUGAUUUUCUGUACAGUUUUAGGGUCACAUCCACAAGAAUGUUCCCUGAGAUGGGCAUUUCUGGGUUGUAAAUACUAAUGGAAUGAGCCCAGCUGGGCUUUCCAGGAGACAGCCUUGCUUAAGAGACUGCUCGGGGAGGAUGGCUGUGGUUUUGAUUUGGAGGGGCCGUGCCCACAUUACAUCCCUCAGCAGGUUGCCCUGCUGCGAGCCAGAGGGGCUUUGGUGGUUCUCCUGCCCCGCAGCACUGGGAUGUUGCUGUUAGGGCAGCACUGGCCUGAAGCCUUGGCCUCAGGGGGCUUUGCCUCCCUUCAGGGCUGCUGGAGGAGCCCGUGCCAGCCCAGCUGGAGCAAACCUGGGCCAUCCCCCUGUCCAUGCUGCCACCAAUACUGUGCUUCCUCCAUCGUGUCAGGGAUGCUGAAUGCCUGCCUGUAAGGCAGGAGAAAAAUUUAUGUCCUAAGAAACAAUGCCAGUCAAAA